AUGCCCGGCAGCUUCUUGAGCAAGGGCAGCAGAGCGUCCAUGGCCGCUCCUACCUGCAUCAGCCUCUCCGAAGGCCACAUUUUAUUUAUGGAGCGCAAGCGCCGCCGGAGGCCUCUUGAAAGCAACACCAGCAACCCCAAGACCUGGCCCCCUCUAGAGCAUCUGUACCCGAUUGUGGUGCAGGGCAUCUUGGAGCAACAGGUGUUCGGCGCGAAUGCGGUGGUGCAGCGGAUCGUGGAGAGCGCGAAGCGCGCGGCGGCGUUGAACGUGCGCAUGCCGGCGCCGGCGGAAGCGGCGGCGGGAGCGGCAGCGCGGACAGACGACGGUGCUUCGGGUCGUUCGUCGUCGGCGGGCGGCGACGCGGCCGCAGGUGGCGACCUGGCGCCCGACGUGCCGCGCGCCGCUUUCCGGGGGACCGUCCAGGUCCUCGCGGACGGCGCCCUCGCCGGCGACCAACAUGGCGCCGGCAGCUCCGAAGAAACUCUCGAGGACCCCGGCGCAGACCACCUAGGCCGUCUGGGACCAUAUCACAUGGGCCGUCUAGGUCCUACUGGUGGUCUAGGUCCUAGUGGUGGUCUAGGGUCCAGUGGUCACGGCGCAGGUUCGGGUGGUGGUCGUGGCGAGGCGGCAACACCGCCGUUGGAGGAGGGGCCGAGUGUCGAGUUUGUGGUACCGGCGGAGCGUGUGCGAUCGCGCGGUUCCACGGCGGUGGAGGAGCCGUGGGAGGCGGGUUCAUGGCGCGCGUUUGAAGAUGCGUUCGAUGCGCCAUUGGAAUGUUCGGCACCGGUUCGACGCCGUGAGGCGGCGUCUCAGAAGCCGCGUGUGGACGCGUUGUUCUGGGGUACGGUUGCUGGUGGUACGGAGGAGGUGUUGGGAGUAGAGGAGCGUUAUAAGGCGGCUGUGCAGGUGCGUCCGGCUGAGGAAAGCUUCGCGGCUGAGACGCUUGGUUGGGCUUGCCGCGCACGGAGCGUGGUGCCUGGUAGUGUCGGCAUGAGUCGAGGUGAGGUCUCUUGUCUGCAGUAUGAAGCCCUCCGCGAGGCGUACAACCCUCAGGAACCUGUUCUGGGUCCCGACGAUGCCUUUGCAGCCGCUUUUGGUCGCCCCGGUGUGGGCGAAGGGGAGGGGUCAGGUGGCGGCAACGAGGGAGGUUUGGGUCCCUCCGGUGACGGCUCAGGCGCAGGCUCGAAUCCCGCUUCCGGUUCCGACAAAAGUUUCUUGGCACAAGCACUGGACACCAUCCAAGAAGAAGUGAGCGAACGGGACGCGGUGGAGACGGCUAUGGCGAUCCUACGGCACACGUUGACGGAGCCGGCAGGAGGGCGGCGCGUUUACUCCGUCCAGAAGAUUUUAGACCCAGCACCGCCACUAUUGCGGAGUUUAGUGAUGGACAUGAACAGUGUACAAGUGAGCGCGGAAGAUCUGGCAGCCAAACAAGUGCUACCCCUGCACGCCUACCAAACACUGCUUCCCCUCGUCGCCCGCUACGUCUCGCGAACCGAACCUCCAAGCGCCCCCGGUCGCGCUGCCCCCGUACCACCGCCGCACAAACGCAUCAAGAAGGCACCCAACGAGGAGCCUUUACCUGUCAAGAACCCCGACGCCGUGAACAUGCUACAGCUCUGCAAAUUCAUCACCGAACGUCUUUUGCGUGAUUAUGCGCUCUGGCAAACGUGGGGCGAGAUUCUCAGCACACCCGGCGACACCGACCUCCGAAGAAACCAUCAGAAGUGGUCUCUCAUAACGCGCAUGGCCACCGCCGUCGCCUCCUCUCCAUUCGCGGCGAGUAGACACGAAAUCGUCGUCUGGCUCCAAACCCAUAAGCACAUUACUGACCCUCUCCUGCACUUGGUUGACGGGCCCACCGACCCAGGCAGCCGCCACCGUCCUCCUCACAUGCUCCUGCCCCCGGGGGCCAUGCCCCCUGGGGGUUUGCCCCCCGGGGCCAUGCCUCCGGGGGCGCUGCCCCAAGGCGGCAUGGCACACGGGGCCGUAUCGAGCCGCGCGCUGCUCGGGUCGCCCGGACUGAUGCCCCCUCAUGGCGCUCCGGGCGGCGCCGCAAGUCUGGCGGGAGCGGAGGCGAUGACGGAGAUUGCGUUGCAAUGGUUAACGCCGAUUCCAGAUGAGGUGUACUUGGGGAUGGAUCCUUACAAGGCGAUAAAUCGUGGGAUGGGAGCGAGUCGGCGUGACGUGGCAGGCGGUAAGGCGAAGGCUUUGAUACAUGCGCCAAUCGCGUGGUCGUUCCCGACAGCGAUUCCUAAGUCAAGUGCGGUGACGUUAGUCCGACAUUUCCGGCCGGAUUUCCGGACUGGUUUGUAUCACGCUAAGUACUUCCAGGCAGAGGGUGUGGCAUAUACACUUGUGCAUCCUUCGGGUGUGGCGCGUUCUGCUUUUCAGAAGAGCAAGAUUGCGAAGGCGCGUAUCGAAACAUUGUCAUUACCGGACACAGUGGAUGCGAACACGGCGGGUAAUUCGCCACUGUGGGGUACAUGGACGGUUCAGUAUCCGAGACAGUCGCCGGCAUUAACGGAGUAUAACGUGCGGUUAUCGUCGAGUAGCGCAGUGCACCCGAGUGAAGUGUUGGUGGAUGUGGAGUCUUUGAGCAUUGCCGAAUGGUGUCCCCUAGUGGUGGUGGAGCAUGCGACUACGCCGGCCAUGUUGCCUCUGCCCGGCAUGGUUGCGAAGAUGGUGCGUUUCUACCGUCCUGGGAAGGAACCUUUUGCUUCCAUCGCGCAAACGGAGGCCAAACUCGCCGGCCGAUUGGGCCCAUAUGGCAACCUCAAAAUACUUGGAGAUCGACCCUUCUAUCUCUUCGGCUGUCCCAUGCGCAUCAAGCCGAGUCAUGGUACCGUCAUCUUCAAAACCUCUGUCUAUGUCGGCGUCUGUAUGGUCCAUCCUGUCGACCCACGUAAACCAUUGCCCACUCCCGAACAAUGGCGCGACAAAUUGUUUCGUUCUAAACGUCCAAAAAGUGUGCGGGAAGGUAGCCGCACACUAGACCAUCACCUUGACUACCGUCUCACCGAUUUCCUACUCGUCCGUACCGCCUCUUACAACGCUAACAAUCCUCGCAUAAAGGUUACAUUACGACCACUAUAUUACGGUUGUCAGUACGAAACUUCUGACCCCCGUUCGCAAGAUGUGCGUGAACAAUUGCGCGAAAAAUAUGGCGUCCGUGAACGCGUGGCGAUGGCCAUGGAUUCAUUCGCGCGCAUGGGGGUGUACGUAGUCGGCCAACACGCACCCGACGCCGAGAUCCCAUCUCCCGAUGGCAAACGUAUCAAUGAGUGGCGCAAACUUUGGCUCGAGGCCUACGCCCUACGUCAAGCGAACUGUGGCGUUCCGGAUAUGACCGCUAACAAGACCCGUUGUCUCAAAUGGUUUCAGGGCGUCUUUGAUAACCCGGGUAUUCAAAAAAUCCUCCAGCCGUUAAAAAAGACAAACGCCGGCGAAACGACCAUCAGUGGGUUAUCAACGAUGACCUCGAACUUAGUCAUCGGAGCUACUGUAAAGAUUGUAGCGGAGGAGGUCAUUCAAAAAUUAAUUACUCCUGAACAAAUUUGCGGGAUCAUUGCCGCCCAACUUGGAGCUGCACAACUCGUCUUCAGCGGCAUCCGAUUUCUACGACACUUCGAUCGAUUAGCUGUGGCUCGUAGUAUCUUACAACAACGAGAUUUCGUGUGCGACGCGCAAUGGGCACGUGCAUAUGCUAUUUGGGACAAGUAUUUAGAACAUGCCAAAUUGCCAGAAGAUGAGCGUGACGCCGGUACAACGUUGUUUACAUUACCACCACCGUUCCGUGGAUUACAUCCCGGUUUUACUUUGCAAUUAGGAAUUGUCGCACGUGUCGUUGAAGAACUCUUAGUUUUUGCUCCAUGGAACCAAUGGAAGGCAUUUCAGGAUGUGACAGCGAAGAAAAAUGCCCAAUUCCUCCUUGGCUCGAUAUUUGACCAUUCGCUUGGCCGUGGUGAGGAGGUGUGUUUCCUGAAAGAAGAUGUAGGCACAGCCGCCGCCCGAGAUAGCCUGAUUCCGGUUAUGACAAAGUUCAUUCCAGAUUCACAUCGACAGUUGCCAAUAACUCGUUAUGGGGUGGACCCUACACGAUUUGUAAUCUUUGAGGAGGCUAAGCGAAAUGUCAUCCAGGAAACGAACUCUCUGGCGUUACAAACUUCACUCCUUCGAACAGGGUUAUCACCAAACGUAAUUGCAACUAUGGCUAGAAGCGAGUUGGUGAACUGUGCAUAUCGCUGUCAUUUCAUGAUCAACUCUCGAGGGUCAUUGCCUGCUUUACAAAAUCAAGCUGGUCGGUUGGAUCCCGGUGACUACAAUGCGCGAAUUAACGAUAUUAUAAACCGUCAGCGGAACACGUUACAGAUAGAUACAGUAUUGGAAGACCCACCGAGGGACCUGACGGACAUAUUCGAGGAGGCAGCACAUCCAAAGUUGGACCAGAACGAUUUGGAGAUGAGUUUUCUCGAAGAUGUAGGUUUGCCCGCGGUCUCCUCAAACGCCAAUGGUAGUAUUGGAGGAAAUGCUACUGGGGGGAGUGCUACUGGGGGGAGUGUUAUUGGGGGGAGUGUGACAGGAGGGAAUGCCGCGAUGAUGAGCAUCAAGGGGGAGGAGGAAGAUGGACGAUGCACGGAUCAGCAGUUACGCGACCUAGUUUGGUCGCUGGAAUCGGUUAUGGCACCGGAUACGCGAUUGGGCGCUGGGCCACCACUAGGCUUGCUAUACAAGGAGGAGGCGGACAAGUUUGGGAAAGAGAUACAAAAGAUGCGAGGCUCAGGAGAUAAGUUUGUGUUUCCGGCAACCAACCCAAUUGUUGCGGCAGCCAUGAAUGCAUGGUUAAAGAAGGUUCCUGAAGGAGACGUACGAACCGCCCUGGAACGUAAGGAAGGUGCCGGAGUGCCGUGUCUUCGUUGGGUUCGUCGGGCACCAAAUCUCGCUGGAGGUCCACGGGUCGUGAACCGCGACAAGGUUAUAUUAAUAUAUGGUGCGAAAAAUAUUACCAAAUUCCUCAAAUGGCGUAGAGAUAGAUUACAACUUAAGUUUAACAAGCACUCACCUACGGAAACCAGCUUGGCUGGUUCCUCGGUUGUGAAACGGGGGUCCUCAGCCACCACACCCAAACGACCGCGUGUGCAACUUCCGCGCACGGAUGCCAGUAUCGUUAAGAAAAUCAUUGGACCAACACCCCGUCCAACACCCAGCCAUGACUCCCGACCCGGUCCAGCCCCGGCUCCUGCCGUGGGUGGUGUGGAACUCACUACCCAGAUAAAUGUGGAACGCCCAGCCCAAGUGAGUGUAGAGCGUUCAACCACUGUAGCCGCUGAACGCACCACCACUUCUCGCUCCAAGAAGGCUAAAGCUGAUGACGGACCCGAUCUAGGCUCUGAUGAACCAGGCAUCGACGAGAACUCACUCAUGUCUCGCGAGACACGCGGAUGUCUACCCGUUUCCAGCAUCCGACUUACACCGCGCCAACAACGCCUUUUACAGGAACGCUUCGAAAGCGGCACUGAUCUAACGCCCGUCCAUUUCGCAGGCACACCCGACCAAGCUGCUGAAGAGCUCAAUAACAAUCUAGGACGCUUAGUUGCCGGUCUGAAAAAGCCGGACAAAAAAUUUCUCUGGUUCUGGGAAAAAGUUCAAGAAAAUGACGCACCUAAUUAUUACAGCAUUAUUAAGACACCCAUGUACCUCAACCUCAUAUCCCAAAGAUGUACACAAAAAAUC